UUGUCCUUUCUCUAUUAUGCAGUGCAUGAGCAGUACUCCAACUAGUUGCAAUGCCCAAUGUUGUGAAAAAAUUCGCAAAUGGAUGGCAUCUUGCCUUGAAAGUGUGCAAAGAAGGGUUGAAAGAGAAAAGAAGUAUGGGGAAUCUCUCUUGAAAGAAGCAAAUGCGGCAGGUUUUGCCCGUGUUGAAGAUCACUGGAGGUAUACAACGUGUAAUGACCCUGCACAGUGCAAAAUAAUUUGUGAGAUGUACAAUGAGUGCCUUAGCAGGAAAGGCACGAAUUGUGAAUCUAUUGGCGACUACUGUCCCCAAUGUAAAAUAGGCUCCUAAAUGUUGUGUUGUUGUUCGCCAUUAUAUGAAUGUUUGGAGCACACUGAAGUCUAUAUAUUAUGCCUCUGAGAUGAGACACUUAUAUUUAUGGAUGGGGCAAACAUUCAGCUAAAGCAAUGUGUCUCCGUUUGG